AUGGAAAUGACAGCGACCACUAUUGUAAAUGAAGAUGAUACUGAAUUUGACGAAGAUGAGCCGCAAGUACAUUUCCUUCAUACCGACGUCAUACUGGAGGUAGAGGGUCGGGAUAUACACGUCAACAAACAAAUGUUGGCGGACCACUCACCUGUGUUUAAGGCCAUGUUUGAAUCCAACUUCAAGGAAAAAGACAAAGAAAAAAUAUCAUUGCCAGGAAAGAAAUAUGACGACUUUGUGGACUUCCUAUACACUUUUCAUUAUCCAGAACGUUUGGAUCCUAUAACAGAAAAUACAGUAUUAAGGAUUGCUCCACUGGCUGAAGAGUAUCAGAUUUCAUUUGUAAAGAAAAACUGCAAAAAAUUUCUCGAAGAAGUUUGUAAAAGCACCGUCAGAGAUGUGGAUAAAGAAAUCGAGAUCUCUAUUCUCGUGAAAUACACUGCUUGCGCUGAACAAUUUAACAUGGAAUCUGUACUUCCUUUUGCCAUUCAGUUAUGUGCAAAGUGUCAUACGGAGUCUUUAAAGCAAGCAGGAAUCGAGACUAUGGUUACUGUUGAUUUACGAAAAAGUAUUGCGGAAUGUCGAAGUUCUUUUCUUGAAAAGGAAUUAAAACCAAACUUUGUUGCAGGCUCACAGCAAGAUUUUUUAAACACUGCAGUUUUGAUGUGGGACUCUCUCAAUCAAAGUGAGAGAAGAAAAUGCGAGGAUAGCCUUGUUAGUUGUUGUAAGCAUCAAUCGGGGUCGAGUUCAUCACAGCCUUCUUCUAUAUCCCUACACAAUCUUAUUGGAUACAUCAUUGCUGCUGAAAGAUUUCAUCUGAGAAAACUCUUGGAGGCAGCGAUAGACCUUGCAUCUAGAUGUAGUUAUAAGAAAUUGAUAAAAGAUGAAAGAUACCAAAGAAUUACAGAAUCGUCUAGAACUAAAAUACUUGUAAAAAGAUUGGAAUUAUUUGAGGACGAAUUAGAUAGCUAUAGGGGAGAAAUAUCAGCAUCAAAAUAUAAAGAAAACUAUAACAAAAUACGAUAA